AUGUGGCCUUCCCGAGGAACUGGCCUUGGGCACGGCCUCUGCUGGGGCCGCUCCUCACAGCUCCAGGAGAGACUUCCCCUGUUGCCAGAAGACCGUUGUUUAGUUGGCACCUGGGUGACCUGCUGGGAGGCAAGGGGCUCUCCCAUCACCUUGACUUCCCUGGCUCUAGGCUCCACUCUGAGGCAGCCCUGGCAUCACUUUAGAGUCGCUUUAAAUCUCUCUUUCAACGCAGAGGCAGAAAGCAGGGUGGCCUUCCAGAUGGAGUGCCUGAAACACCUCAUUAUCCUCAUUAAAUCUCAAGGGUCUGCAGCAACACCCCACCCAGGACUCUUGCCCGUGGUCACUCCACGCCUGCAGCGGGGGAUGGAGGAACAAGGGAGGGCCUCAGCAGGGCGCUGGAGAAGGGACUCUCGCCUGGGCUGGCAGGUCUGCUCCGCUGGCCAGGUCGUAGCCCAGCCCUGCCAACAGUUCCCGGAGGCCCCUGCUGCCCCUCUGUCUUGUACCCAAGCCUGGAAGUUGAAAGACGCCGAAGAUGGCAGCGGCUGUUUGACAGGGACUCUGGUGCCUCGUGCUGGCCUGGAGCCCAGGAAUGCUUAUGGAACACAUCCUGCAAAGGCCUCUCCCCAGAAGCAGCCGAGCAGGGCCUGGGCCCAUGGACUGCUCAGUAACUGUGCUGCUCCCACGCCGGGCCUCCUCUGCCUUCACCGGGCAAAGCCGGGAGCCCACAGCCUUGACUGGAACCGUGAGCCCGAGGGCUGA